CGCGGGAACUUUAGUUUUUUUGACUGUUUAGUCACUAUGUAUAGUGGAAGUGGAUUAGUGGAGGUUCCUUUUUAGUGCUGAUGUACUACUCGGCAAAAUAAUCCUUUCUCUCGGAGCGGAAAUGUAUCCGGCGAUCAUCGCCACCCUCACGACGGUUGCAGCUGUAGCCAGACUUGCAGAGCAGUUCGGAUACCUUUACAAGGGAACACAAGCUGAUCCAGAAACGACCAAGGUUGAUCCAGCUGCACAUAAAUUGAUAGCCGAUAUUUGCUCCUUGUCGAGUGGAAUUCCGAGUUUUAAUGGGAGUGGAUACAAGACAUGGAGAACUAUGAUGAAAGCUAUGCUCGAGACCCUAGAUUUUUGGGACUUGGUGGAAAGAGGCUAUACCAGAGAGGAGCUUAUGGUUGAGGCUUUGCAAAAUGUUCAGUAUAAGGAUGGGUUGGCCUUGAUUUUUAUCCACAAAACUAUACACGAAUCUGUUUUGCCUUGCAUUGCUAAUGCCGAAACAUCUAAAGAAGCUUGGGAUGCACUGCAGAAGAAGUAUGAAGGAAAUGCAGGUGUUACCGAAUCAAACCAAGCUAAUGCUAAGGCUGUGGAAACAAAAAGAACUACCAAAGACUUUGCAGAUUUCGACAACAAACUUUGCUCCAACAGUUGGUGCAGUCGGGAUUUCUGUGGUGGAUGCAGAGAUGCGAGUAAGACUAGCACUUCACAUAGCAAUCUGCACCUGUCUGAAGAUGGAACUGGGAAAGAGCUUGAAGACAUUGACAACAAUAAAUGUGGCUCUGUGAAAGGUUUUGGACAACCUGACAACUACCAGGAAGGUCGAGGCGUCGGAGAAGGUGAAUUUCAUGGAAAUAGAAUUAGUGGGAGUGGUGGUGAUGAAGGUGUGGACAGUGAGCGCUUUAAGAACAACCAGAGAGGUCAUGGUUGUAAGGGCACUGAACACUUUAAGAACUACCAGGGAGCUUGUGAAGGGGGGAUUCCCGGAGCUGUGGACAGUAAAACCCCUAAAAACAACCAGGGCUUUCGUGGAGAUAGAGGUCAUGGGGGUGGUGUCCGUGGAGGUGGAUUCCAUAGAGGUGGUGUGCGUGGAGGUGGAUAUCAUAGAGGUGGUGUCCGUGGAGGUGGAUUUCACAGAGGUGGUGUCCGUGGAGGUGGAUGUCAUAGAGGUGGUGGUCGCGGAGGUGUGGAUAGCGAAACCCUGAAAAACAACAAUGGGGGUCAUGGAUGUGGUGGUCGUGGAGGUGGAGGUCAUGGAGGUGGUGGUAGGGGAGGUAGUGGUCGAGGAGGUAGAGGUCUUGGAGGUGGAUAUUGGGGAGGUAGUGGUCAUGGAGCUGCAGGUCAUGGACCUGGAGAGAGUAAACCUUUUAACAAUCAUGGAGGUUCUGGUGGCAUAAAACACGAAUCUUUUAACAAUAAGGGAAGCCAUGAAGGCAUGGAUGCUGAAUGCUUUAGCGCCAAGGAUGACCAUGGAGGUGUGGAUGGCGGACUCGUUAAUGAUAACCAAGGAGGUCAUGCAAGCUUAGAUGAUGGAUGCUUUAAUAAUGAACAUUCUCAGUUGGGUGAUUGUAAUAGGAAUACUUCAAAAUCUGGAUCACUUUAUUCUUCCAAAAGUGAAACUGAACCAACAGAAGCUCCUGGUGUACUAGGAAGGGGACACCAAAGUAAUACAAAGGAUUUAAAUGACAUGGGAAAUGUUGAUAUGAAUCAGUCCCAUGUACAGCCCACUGAGCAAAAAAGUGGUCAUAGCAGCAUUUGUAUACAGAAUUUGGACAAGGCCAUUAGCAACGAUAUGCUCCAUGAUGUUUUUUCUGCAUUUGGGAAAAUCCUUUCUUGCAAGGUGGUAACAGAUGGAUCUGGUGUGUCGAUGGGGCAUGCAUAUAUUGAAUAUGGCAGUGAAGAAGCUGCACAGAAAGCUAUUGAGAUGAAGAAUGGUGCAAGGUUGGUGCACAAGAACAUGCAAGUAAAAUCUUGCCCCCCGAAGCAAGAAAAGAAAAAACACAGCCCCACUAAUGUAUUUGUGGGGAACUUAUCUGAAUCAACAGCUGAAGGUGAUCUUAGGAACGCUUUUCAUUGGUUUGGGGGAACGAUCUCUAGCGUUAUAAUAGUGAGAGAUGGAGAUGGGAUAUCAAAGGGUUACGGAUUUGUCCACUUUAGGGAUGCAGAUGAUGCGGCUUGGGCAGUGGAAGUGCUUAAUGGCCACAAGUUUGAUGACAAAGUGUGGCAGGUGAGAAAAGCAUACGAGAACAAAUUUGUUGGGAAGGCUAACAAGAUGAAAUCUGUGGGUGAGUCGUUUCAGUCUUCCUCUGCUAAUAACAGUGGCAUUAAAUCAAACAAAAAAAUGCAUAAAUUUGGUUGUUCUUCCAAAGCUAAUUCAUCCACAUCAAAAGACAAAGCUGGGAAUGCAGUUCAAAGUGAACUAAAAGCUAUUGGUAUAAGCGUCAUCAUCUACAUUGACAAUAAAGGGGUUGGGCACUUAACCUUUGAAGGGCCAUGAUUUCGUAGCAGGAACAAGGAAUCACCCUUAUUUAGAUAUGUCCAUAAGGAUAAUAACUGCAGUGGCAUCUUCUCAUUCUACUGUUCAAGUAUGUAUGCUCUGCGGAUGGGGUGUCCUAUGAGCACACCUACUAUAUGGGAUCUAUUAUUUUACAUGGAUUUGUGUAUUUUUUAGUUUUGACUAUGGUUUGAUUAAAGUAAUAGUUUAUAUCUUGUACGAAGUAUAUGUUAUCCCUUCAACAUGCACAAAUGAUGUUCACUAGCGGGCACUAUGAGAUUGUUCAGAUUCAAUAGUACUCCCUCCAUAUUUAAAAGUUUCC